UCCAUGGGGGUCCUGACCACUGAAGAACUGGGUAAAAGGAGGAUGUUCAUUCAUCUUCUAAGCCGCUUAUCCUCCUGGGUUGCUGGAGCCUAUCCUGGCGCUCACAGGGCAGAAAAGAGGAAACACCCUGGACAGGUCAGCAGUCCAUCACAGGGCAGACAAACAGACAUACACAAUCACACCUAGGGACAAUUCAGCAUCUCCAGUUUGCUUGACUGCAUGUCUUUGGAGUGUGAGAGGAAACCCACUCAGACACGGGGGGAAUGUGCAAACUCCACACAGAAGGGACCCUCGUCACCCGGCCGGGGAAUCAAACCCAGGCCCUUCAUGCUGUGAGGUGACAGUGCUACCCACUGCACCAUUAAACUGUCAUGUGCUCAUGUUGUGAUAAGUUCUGCUGAGGGAAAUGAUGCAAGCGGCCCAUGCAUAAGGUUCUCUGUUGUUUGCGACAUCACCUGUCUAGGGUGUGGACUUUGAGCAAUGAGGCCAGGAGUGGGAGAUAUAUAAACCUUGUGUCCUUGUGAAUAAAGCUGAGUCUGUAAAUUUCUCUUGUCUGUGUUUGACUAAUUCCUUAAGCUUCGUUCUGCAGAAGUCUCCAGACCUGAGGCAGCAAGCGAAUAGGAGAAGAGUUUGAAAAGAUACUCGACUUACACUCAGUCACGUGUGGUAGGAGCACUGAGUAGUUAGUAAGUGUAGGAGGUGAAAAGACUGAUUGCAGAUGGAUAAAUCUCAAGAAAAAAUAUGCCAUGAACCAGACGCAGGACCAGAGAAAGGCCUACAUGAGGAUGGUAUAGGCUCUAAGUGUAAGACGGAGGAGGAACCCCUGGGUUAUGAAGAGAGUAUAAACAGGGCAGCCGGAAAUAUCCGGCGUUUUCCUCUGAUUGAAAUGCAGGGUGUCCCCCUGAGGAACUACAUCGUCCAGAAGUGGAGCUCCAUCUCGGCUUUCUGCCCGGAUCCCUCCGACAUGCUCAUUGCCACCUACCCCAAAGCAGGCACCACAUACCCAGAGAUAGUGGAUUUGCUGCUGCACAAUGGAGAUGAGGAGGCUUGUAAGAGAGCUUCUACUUCUGAUCGCUUCCCUUUCUUGGAGAUCCAAUACCCCCCACCUAUUCCAUCAGGGCUUGAUCUACUGAAGAAUAUGAAACCUCCCAGGUUCAUCAAGACACACCUGCCCAUCCAGCUAGUGCCCAAAGGAUUCUGGGAAAAUAAAUGCAAGGUCAUUUAUGUGGCUCGGAACGCUAAGGACAACCUGGUCAGCUACUACCACUUUGACCGUAUGAAUCAGGCUCAGCCACAACCAGGUCCCUGGGAAGAAUACAUCCAAAAGUUCAUGAGGGGAAAAGUGGCGUGGGGCUCUUGGUAUGACCAUGUGAAAGGUUACUGGAAGGAAAGAGAGAAGAGGAAUAUCCUUUACCUUUUCUUUGAGGACCUGAAAAAGGACCCUCGUCGGGAGGUAGAGCGGAUCAUGCGCUACAUGGACUUGUCAGUAACUGAUGAUGUCAUUGACAAGAUUGUGCAGCUGACAUCCUUCAAAAUCAUGAGGGACAAUCCGAUGGCCAACUACACGUUCAUCCCAAAGAUAAUGUUUGACCACUCCAUCUCUCCGUUCAUGAGAAAAGGGGAGGUUGGAGACUGGACCAACCAUUUCAGUCCAGCUCAAUCCCAAAUGUUUGAUGAGGACUACAUCAGACAAAUGGCAGACGUGGACAUUCCCUUUCGCACCAGCAUAUAAGGAUUUACUCCAUCAAGAACCUGUCAAAGCAGCACCUCAGCAAGCACUGGAGCAUCUCUAGAACUGUGAUCCUAGUGAGCACGGACACACUGAGGAUACACACAAGCUGUCUCUGUAUCACAAUCUGUUUUCAGAUGAGGACAUUCCUUUUUGCACCAGGAUAUAAGGAUUUACUCCAUCAAGAACCUGUCAAAACCUUGGCAAGCACUGGAGCAUCUCUGAAUCCGAGACUCCAGUAAGCAUGGACACACCAAGAAGGAUUAAGAGGUUUCUUAGUCAUUAAUGUUACACAGCAGCUCUGUUAACUGGGUUCAAUUAUGCCUGUUUCACACCAGAUGCGACAAGGUGCGCGUGUUAAUCCGGAACCACUCCGUGCCGCUUAUUACACACUCCGUGCCGUUAUUACACACUGGACGCAACACACAAGCGUUGCGAAGCAAGUGCGUUUUCACAUAAUAGAAACAUCUGUAUUGUCCGUUUAUUACUUUAUGUUUAUUAAACUUUAUGUAGAUAACAAAGAGAUAAACAAUAAAAUCUUGAGUAGCUGCCAUGACAGCUGGCUUUCUCACCAGGUAAUGUAGCUCUGUAUGCAGAGGAGGAGACACCUGUGAGUUUGCAACAUUAACCUACUCAAAGGAUUUCAGACAACCUGUCAAAGAGUUAAAACUAGAUUUGUUGAUUUGUUUAUUAGCAUAGAUUGUAUGUUACAGCAUGGAUAUUGCAUUUAUUACUGUUUCUGCCUAAAACCGGCUGGCACGCAUCAGAAAUAGACCCAAACCGUAUUUUGCCACAUGUGGCCGGUGUGAAAGGCUACACUGAUAAAUAUACUAACACGGUUACCGCAUCUGACGUGAAAUGGGCUUUAGACCAAAAAAAAUAAAAUAAAAAAAAUAACAAAUCAGGCAAUAUGGCUGCGCAAAGAAACCCACUAAUGUGAGUUUUUUCUCCUUUAAAAAAACAUUUUAUUAUCUCAGUUUAAUGUCGUUUUAAUGUAUUACUGUCCUUUUCUUCAUAACAAGCACAAAAAAUCACUAAUUGUAUGCUAAUGCCUCGGUAGCUAACUAGCUAAAUUUCAAAUGUGAACAAGAAGCUAGCAAAUAUCUGACUUCAGCUUCAUAUUACUGAUGAAUUAAGGGUGGGCAAUAAUU